CAAAUUUGAAGAAGAAGAAAACGGAUCAUGUUUUUUUUGUCAACGCUGCGCUAGGGAAGUAGGAUUUGAAACAGUUGUUGAUUCAAUCGAGGGAUCGUCUGCCCCCUGUCCUCUUCUCUCACAACUGAACUCUUCCCCAGUUAGGUGUGAAGUCAUGACAACGUUGGAUGACAAGAUCCUGGGGGAGAAGCUGCAGUACUACUACAGCAGCAGUGAGGAUGAGGAAAGUGACAAGGAGGAUGACGAGGGGGAGCACAAGACCAUCCGCAACCCAGAUGUACUGGAGCCUGAGCUAGAAUACAGCGCCGACGGUAGUGCCGUCAACACAGGGCCCAAGGGGGUGAUUAAUGACUGGAGGAAGUACAAACAGCUGAAGGUGGAGCAGAAGCAGGAGCAGAAGGAGGAGAUGGAGAGACUCAUCAAGAAGCUGUCCAUGACCUGCCGCUCCGACCUGGACGACGAAGCCGACGCCAUUAAACAGAAAGAGAUGCAGGACAAGAUCCAGCACAAGAUGACCAUGCAGGAGUACAACAUGCUCCAGGAAGACGAGGAUGACGAGGACUUCCUCCAGCAGUACAGGAAGCAGCGCAUCGAGGAGAUGCGCCGGAAGGUGUUACGCGGUAAGCGCUUCGAGCAGGUCUACGAGCUCAACAGUGGUGAGGAGUUCCUGGAGGCUGUGGACAAGGAGGACAAGGCCUGCCUGGUUAUGAUCCACAUCUACGAGGGCGAGGUGCCUGCCUGCGAGGCCAUGAUGGGCAGCCUGCUGUGCCUGGCACAGGAAUACCCCCUGGUCAAGUUCUGUAGCGUGCGUGGGUCGGUUAUCGGCACCAGUGCCCAGUUCAGGGGCAGCGCCUUGCCAGCCCUGCUGGUGUACAAAGGAGGAGACCUGAUUGGGAACUUUGUGCGCAUCACAGACCAGCUAGGAGAGGACUUCUAUGCUGUGGAUGUGGAGGCGCUGCUGCAGGAGUAUGGGCUGCUGCCGGACAAACCUGUCCUUGUCGCUAAGACCAUCCGCAACGCCGCCAUCACACAGAGCGAUGACUCUGACCUUGACAUAGACUAGAGAACAGACCUGCACAUGUAUAGAAACAUAGACUAGAACCCCUAUGUGUACACACACACACACUCAACAUAGACUAGAACCCCUAUGUGUACGCACACACACACACAGACUAGAACCCCUGUGUGUACACAGUCGACAGACUAGAAACCCUAUGCGCGUACACAGUCGACAGACUAGAACCCCUAUGUACAUACACACACACACGGUCGACAGACUAGAACCCCACGUACACACA